AUCUAGAACGGCCGUUUUUGAGUUCCCAUUCCCGUGUGCACAGCAUGGAAAACCUGUUGGCAUUCACAAACCUUGGAUCAGUCUCCCUUUUCCCAUACUAUAAUAUUUAACUGUUAACCAUCAUCCUGCUGCUGUUCUCUUCCCCCCCCCCAAAACUAUUUUUGUCUAGUUCUCUAUCUCAAGCUUCUGUGGCAAUUGACUCACAUCCACCACAGUGGCAAGAAAAAGUAUUCCAAAUCUGCAUACAAUUAAGAAGGCUGCACAUUUUUACCUUGUUUCAAAAUCCUCCUACUAUCUACUUUAAAAUCCCCACUUAAAAGCAAUUAUUUACUUUAUUCACUUUGUUCUAAAAGCAAAUUUCAGUAACCUUGCAUUUUCUCACUUUCUGAAAAGUAAUCCAACCCUUUUUUGAAGUUAUAUAAUGUAUCUGCCCAUAAAACAAAUUCAGGGAGACAAUUUUUAGCUUAAAACUUUUUGGAAUUAUGAUGGGACCUCCUGUAUUAUCAGUGUCUGCUGAAACAACCUACUUGUGAAUAAAACAUCAUAAAGUGUAUUGCAUGGUCCCCUUAUAUAUACAGUUAUCACAUCUCUAUCAUAUCUACUUUCUAACCCUUAGCCAACUUAAUUUACCUUCUUAGACUGUCUCUGAUGCCAUAAUAUCCCAUUUGAGCAGAGAACACAAAAACUGCACAGCAUGAUGGUGUAUAUAUAGAUAUCAGGGGAUAUCAGUAAAGCUCCUGGUGGGCCCAGGUGUCAGUAGGUCCUCCUGCUUACCCAACCAUUUGCCUUGUAUGCUAAUAACAUAGCCCUUCUCCAUUUCGAAAUGAGAACAAAGAGAAGAAAAGGAAGGAUAGAUAGAUGAUAAUAUGUAAAGAAUAGUGAUUAAGAGAAUUCAGAAAAUAAGUGAACAGGGAAGGAAAAAUAGUUUGGAACGUUUUUCUGCAGUCAUGAGUUUUCUAGUAGGCCCCCACAUGCCAAUCAUUAUUGUAGAUGGGGCAUUACCAAUACUUUGCAAAGAGCAAUGAUUACACUCUCUUCCUGGAAAUCUGUACCCCUUUUCAGCAGCUUUAUUGGUAGUGGAAUGAGGGGGGCAGAUAUAUUAUUAUGUAAUGUACAUUACUAAGACCAAUAGAUCUUAGUUUAGAAAGUAGUAAUUUAUGCAGCACUAUAUUAAAAGCUGGCAAAAUCGAAAAGGUCACAUGUACUGAACCCCCCCCUCGUCCAAUAACCUAUAUCCUUCAUCAUAAAAAGGUUACGUUUGUAUAAUAUUCUCUCCAUUUAUUACUUUUCCACUUCUUUUUCACCAGAAAACUGUUUUCAGUAGACCCAGUAUAAAAUCUUCUGCUUAGAAUGCAGCCACAGGCGCCAGUUCAGCUGCGUAUUUUCGACCUCAAUUGUUGGGCUCUCAGAUUCCUCAGUAAAAAGCGUAAGGAACGUCUGGCUUCGAUUGGGCAGCUGCUGAGUCAACAGUGUUAUGAACUGGCUCUUCUACAGGAGGUCUGGAGUGACAAAGAUUAUGGAGAAUUAAGAGAUCGUCUUUUAGAUGCAUUUCCAUAUGCUCAUCGUUUCAAGAGUGGAGUCAUAGGCAGUGGCCUUUGUGUCUUCUCUAGAUUUCCAAUCAUUGAUUGUCUUCAAUAUCAAUUUUCUCUCAACGGUUUUCCCUAUAUGGUAAACCAUGGAGACUGGUUCUGUGGGAAAGCUGUAGGGUUGGUCAAACUUCAAGCAUAUGGAUUCCUCUGUCAUGUGUACAUUACACAUCUUCAUGCAGAGUAUUGUCGUGAAAAUGACUGCUAUCAGUCUCACCGAAUACUACAAAGCUGGGAACUUGCGCAGUUUAUACGACAUACGUCCAGUAAUUCAGAAGUUGUGGUCUUAGCUGGAGACCUGAACAUGCACCCAGGGGACCUUGGUGUUAAGCUGGUAUGUGAAUGGACAGGACUUAAAGAUUCAUACAUGGAGUGUACAGAAUAUGAGGGCCCACCUGAUGGCUGCACACUGCUUCCCAGUAACCCCUUUACUGAUCCACAAGAGCUGAAAAACUUUCCUCAAGGAAUCCGCAUUGAUUAUAUUAUGUACAAGUCUGACCCAGGAAUAGCUGUAAGCUGUCAGCAGGUGACUACUGGCUCUCAGUCAUCAAUAAGUGGUACCCUUUUGUCUGACCAUGAAAUAGUCACUGCCACGCUGAGGCUACAGAGGAUACCAGGAGUUAGCAAUGUAAACUCAGAAUCUCUACCAUCUGUGCUUUCUCCCAUUUUCUCUUCAUGCUGCACUGAGUUAUACACAGGUCUACAAACAGCAGAGCGUUGGAGUACUGUAUGUCAAUACCUUGUUAUAAUGUUUCUGUUGCUACUGGUUCUUCAGUUUUCAACCAGUUUUCUUUCUGCACUGGGAUUUGAAUGUAACAUAUUUCCCCCUAUAUUACUGACACUCCUGUUUCUUUUUCUGUCAUCUGCAUCCCUUGUUUUGCAUACAGCAGAGAAGCGGCAGCUUCAGAGUGUCAUAGAGCAAAUAAGCCUGGUACAGCAUAGACAUGAGUGACAGAGUGGCUGGUUAAAAAUCUAACAGCAAAACAUUUUACCAUUUUGAACUUUUCUAUGAGCAUUUUAUGUUAUGCUGAUGUGGAGUACAGUACACUACUUCUUUAUCUAAUAUUACUGUAUUAAUAUUUUUACAUAAAUGUCCUACUUUUUCUGAAAUUGAAUCUAUUUGUGAACCUUAAAAACUUAGAACGCUGGUUGUUUGAUUUAAACUAUUAAAGAAGGAUACCAUCUUUGUGGUCUUCUGAGAAUAGAUCA